AUGAAUGCCCCUGGAAAUAAAAGCUGUGCUGAUGAUUAUAUCGAAGGCUGGAUGUCCACGAAGGAGUACGAAGAUUUGAUCAGUGUGCUCCCAUUGUCUACCAUUGAAUAUGCGUUUGCUUAUGGAUCUGGUGCUCUCCAACAGAAAGGUGAAAACAAAAAUGAGAAAAUGAUCGACUUCAUACUGUGCACGAACGAUCCUGUGAGUUUCCAUAAGGAAAAUAUCAAGAAGAAUUCGUCCCACUACAGUCUUUUGAGGUGUAUAGGUGCUAAGACCUUGGCUAGAUUUCAAACUGGUCUUGCUGCUCGUGUUUACUAUAAUACACAUGUUCACGUUGGAGAUCGACGAAUGAAAUACGGAAUUGUAUCCACGGAGGAUCUCAAUCGAGAUCUCCUUGAUUGGAGAUGGAUUUACAUCGCUGGUCGUCUUCAUAAGCCAGUGCUGGAUGCUAUCAAAAGCAAUCUCGAGGAAAAUCGACGAUCUGCACUCCAAGCGGCAUUACUUCUACUUCCUGAUUCGUUCAACAUAGAGGACUUGUAUCAGAAAAUUGUAUCUUUAUCGUACACCGGAGAUUUCCGAAUGUACGUCGGUGAAGAUAAAGAUAAGGUACUGCAAGAUGGUUCCACUGCCGCUAUUUAUCACCGUUUGAACCUUCUACCGCAGACAGUACUGGAAAGGAUUCAGAAGAACUGGAACAGACGAAAUAAAUGGCAAAAGGAUACAGAGGAGGUUUUGUUCUCCUUAGCUCACCGCCACGAUGUCACUUUGCAUGUCGAGGGAGCAAUCUCAUCCAUAGUGGCUCCGGUAGCGCUGUCACAAAGUCUCAAGAAUGCUGCUUCAGCCGGAUUCUCUCGAACUUUCAUAUACAGCUUAGCUAAAUUGACGAAAAUGAUGAGAAGCUUAGGAAGAUAA